GUGUAGGGAGUGCGUGGAGAGAGCAUUUAGUCUGCCGGAAGAGUUGCUCUCCAACAAUGCUCGUACUUAAGUCUUUGGGAGACUUUGGGUCGCGAAAUCCUUUGGGAAUCGAGACGUGGCACCAUUAUAAUGAAAUAUACUGGCCAAACGAAUCGCAAACCCCAUUCAGGUGACCGUCCCAUGCCACCAAUCACUUCAUAUCCGGGUACGCGCCAAGUUGCCAGCGCACCAGUCAGCAUCGAGCGCUUAAAACGCCGUCCAUCACUUUAAUUCUACUGUGACAUGAUGAUUCCCCUCCAAUCCUUCUUUUUGCUCAUCCUGCAAAAACCACUUGACCUGCACAUCUCUGACAACACGCAGCUCCUCCUCAGUGCUACGGCUUGUCUUGGUAUCAUAGGAGUAAUUUUUCAGGCCUACCGUCUUAAAUCAGAGAGGAACCUCCCUCUCCCCCCUUCCCCUCCCACUUGGAGACUUGGUGGGCACUUGUUGCCACCUCGCAAACCAUUUCUCACUGUAGCGGAAUGGAUUGACGAGUACGGUCCUCUGAUCACCAUUCGAUCAAAAUUUCAGAAUAUCGUUAUUAUAGGCCGUUACAAAGCCGCCGUGGAUAUCAUGGAGACUCAGGGCAAAAUUCUAGCCGAUCGUCCUCCCAUGAUUUCUGGAGAAAUAUUUACUGGCGGAAUGAGCAUCGCGUUGGCACCCUGGGGGGACAGGUUUCGUCGGAUGCGUAGGGCACUUCAUUCGCAUCUCCAGCCUAAAGCAGCUGAGGCCUAUCAGCCCCUGCUGAUGUUACACGGGAAAAACAUAGUUCUUGGCAUUCUCGAUGAUCCACACAACCUCCAGAACCAUGUUGUAGCUUAUGCUGCGACGACAAUUAUGAAAAUUGCAUACGGGAAGAAUAAGCCCACGUCUGCGACUGAUCCUGAAGUUGUUGAGAUGCAUCAAAUUGUCGAGAUGAGUGCAGUCCUGCGCCCUGGCGCUCACAUGGUGGAUUUGAUCCCGUGGCUCAAAUACCUUCCUUGGUAUGGCCGGGACUUGAAGCUGGGGUUUAAGAAGCUCAAGCAACUCAACAUUGGUCAGCUGAACCGCGUGAAAGAGCAAAUGCAAAACAAUGAGGACACCGGCCCUUCGUUCACGAAAUACAUGCUAGAAAAUAGCCAUCUCUAUGGUUUGACAGAGACUGAGAUGGCCUUUCUUGCUGGUGCCUUUUUUGGGGGUGGAACACAGACGACUUCUCUGGCGAUAUGCACGGUGCUUAUGGCAGCUGCAUGUUUCCCCGAGGAGCAAGCUAAAGUUCACGCCGAGCUCGAUGCGGUCAUUGGAAGGCACCGAGCGCCAACCUUCGCCGACCAAGGAUCGCUUCCUCGCCUGCAAGCAUUCAUCUCUGAGACCUUGAGAUGGAGGCCCGGGGUUUCUAGUUCAUUGUCUCACCGAACAACCCAAGACGUGAUUUGGGAAAACUAUUGCAUUCCAGCUGGGACCACGGUGCUCGGCCACCUUUGGCCCAUCUCUCGAGAUCCAGACGUCUAUCCGGAGCCUGACGCGUUCAAGCCCCAGCGCUGGCUCGAUGACCAAGGUAGCUUGAGAGACGACAUAAAAUUCUUUGUCUACGGGUUUGGUCGGCGCGUAUGUCCCGGUCAAUAUGUAGCGGACAGAUCGGUGUUCAUAAGCGCCCUCCUUAUUCUUUGGGCCUUCCGUCUCACUCGGGAUCCUACGAAACCAUUAGAUGACAUGGGGUUCAUGAACGGGUCGAUGCCAAGUGACCCGCUGUGUGCAUUUGAGUUUGAGACGAGGAUUCCAGAAAUGGAACUCAGGUGCAUGAUGCAGCAACAUCCUGAGAAGCUUUGAUGCCUGGAUGGGUCAGGGAGAGAGCGAAGAAACAGUUUUCAAUGAAUCCUCAAUAUUAGGACAUCUCUCCAGGACUUGCGCUACGUUUUAAUUUCGCCUGAAUCGAUUCUGAAUUGUGCAUUGUGUAGUCACUGCUUCCAUGUCCCCCGUUCUAUCGUAGACUCGUGCCCAGUUACCUAUGAGGCAAGCAUGCUUCAUCAUCCCUACCAUUGUCGUGCCCAUGCUAACU